AUAUAUCUAUUCCGCUUUAGGUACUGAAAAUGUUAGGGAGUGCAAGCAACGCGAACAAACCUAUUCCUGUCGUAUAUUUCGUCCUUGUAGCCACUUAAGAGUUCAACUUUAAAAUCGCGCCUAUGCGCUUGUUAUGCAGUGGCGGUCGAAGGCGCAGAUGAGGAGUUUUCUGCCUUAUUCCUUGUCAUAUAUCGUAUUGUGGUUAUACUGUAUAUGCCUUGGUUGUAUGUACCGUAGUAGCCUUUCGAGCAAGAACACAGUACGACUAUAUCGUGUCUCGUCGGUGAAAGUCCCAAGGUAAAUCUUGGAAUGUUAAUGUAAUUGCAGAUCUUUUUGAAGGAAUGCUUGUUGGGCAAAUAAAAGGAAUAUAUCUAAGAUCUUAAAAAUAAAAUGGACUUUGACAGUAAAAUAUAUGAUACUAGUAAUAAUUCUAAGAUAAAACUUCCUGAUGUUAAGGAUCUUAACAAUGAGGAGCAUGGAAAAAUACAGUCUUUAGAAGGUCCAAAGAAUGUCGAUAACUCUAGUGUUAUAUCUGAAGGCAGUGUGAUCUUAAAAAAUACCAAUCAUAUGGAAUCUAAUAACGAUUUCGCAUGUGGAAUUAUCCAGAGCGAGCGAGCGGAUGAAUCUAUGGACCUUUCUAUAGAGGAUGAAAUUAAGAUAAUAAAUGAUAAAUGUGACAAAACUAAUGAUAUGUUGAAAAAGACCGUGUGUACUACCAUUAAUUCGGUCGAUGUAUUAGAAGCAACUACUUCACAGGAUAAUAGUCCAUCUUCUUAUUCUAACGAGACAAAUGCAUCACAUGUAGAUCAGAAUAAAGUCAAAAGAAGUAUCUCAAAAGGUCAAGUACAUGUCGGUAGUGGUACAUCGUUAGCCUUAGAAAGAUCGGACGAUAGUUCAGACGAAGAUUCAAGUAAGCGUCAGAAAUUGAAUAAAAGCGCUAGUGCUGGAAAUGUAAGUGAUGAUGCAGUGAUGUUUCAAAGAAACAAAUCAAAAACAAAACAGCGGAACUAUCGUAAGAGGCGAAAUAUAAUAAGCGAUAAUGAGGAUAGUUCUACAAAUACCUUGUCAAAUGAUGCAACGAGGGAAGCUUCUGUAACUGACGCGAACGAAGGAAAUGUUGCAUCUGCCAGUACUAGAAAUGAAUCGUUUACUCAGAAUGAAUCAUCAAGCAGAAAUUCAAGGAGUCGUAGAGCAGGAUCAGAAACAUCUAAUGAUAGAUUUGGUCGACACAAAGACGAGAGAGGUAACUCAAAUGAAUGGAGAGCUGCUAACGAGGACGAAUGGGAUGAGGAAGAAGAAGAUGAAGACGAGGAUGAAGAAAUACCUCAUUGUUUAAAAAUAGAGAAACCGCCCCCUAAUUGGUGUAUUGUACCAGAAGUGAUAAAUCGCCAAAUAGGUAACAAUCCAUUAUUCCAAAGGAGAUUCUAUGGUUCUUUACAUGCGGUAGAGCGGCUCGAACUUAUGUACAAUCUUCAUGAGCAUCAGGGUUGCGUAAAUGCCUUAAACUUUAAUCAAAAAGGAAAUUUGUUAGCGAGUGCCUCUGAUGAUUUAGCAGUUGUUAUUUGGGAUUGGGCUGUAGGGAAAAAGCGUCAUUGGUUCAUGAGUGGUCAUACAAGCAAUAUGUUUCAAGCUAAGUGGUUACCGUUAGAUGUGGAAUAUCUUAUGGUCACUUGUGCUAGAGAUGGUCAGGUACGUUUAUUGGAUCUUAAACACGAUACGUCGAAGAAAUUGGCGGCGCAUCGUGGACCCUCGCAUAAAUUGGCUGUGCAUCCUGAAACACCUCAUGUAGUUUUUUCUGCUGGAGAAGAUGCAAGGGUAUUCUCUAUAGAUAUUCGAGAGAGCAAACCAAACAAAUUACUUGUAGUAAAGGAAGGUUCGUCAGAGGUGCAAUUGUUCAGUAUACAUUCUAAUCCUUUUAAUAGUAAUGAAUUUUGCGUCGGUGGUCGUUCCCAUUAUGUAAGGGUAUACGAUCGACGAAAAGUUUCAACGCCACUUUAUAAAUUGUGCCCUGAUCAUCUGACGGGGAAUAAGCACGCGCAUGUAACAUGCGCUGUAUAUAAUCACAAUGGAACCGAAAUUCUCGCAUCAUAUAAUGAUGAGGACAUAUACCUAUUUGAUAGAUUGAUGUCGUCGCGUGUAGAUUAUGCUCAUAGAUAUCAAGGUCAUAGGAAUAGCGUAACUGUAAAGGGAGUCAAUUUCUUUGGACCUAAAAGCGAGUAUGUUAUAUCUGGGUCCGAUUGCGGUAAUAUAUUUAUUUGGGACAAAAAUACAGAGGCUGUUGUACAGUGGAUGGCAGGAGAUAAACAAGGAGUUGUAAAUUGUUUAGAAGGACAUCCGCAUAUCCCCAUUCUUGCAACAAGUGGAUUAGAUUAUGAUGUCAAGAUAUGGGUUCCCUCUUGCGGAGAACCUCCAUUAAUGAAAUUAUUUGCAAAUUGCGUUAAAUCCAAUGCCAGGAAUAGAAAGCAAGAAAACGUGCCUGAUUCGUUUGAUGGCCAGUUACUUUGGAUUUUAUUGAGACAUAUCCGUCAUAGAGAGAGAGUACGUAAUCUUUAUACGCGUUACGGAAUCGAAGAUCCAAAUGAUGUCAGAGAUCAUGAUGACAACUAUUAUCACUUCGAUGAUUCAUCGAUGGACAGUUCGUCCGAAGAUAGUGAUAAUCAAUCGGAAGGUGGUGACGUUGUAAGAAUACAGUGUCCUCCAUCUUAGAGUUGUUGCUUAAUUAAUGCGAUUUGAUAUUGUGAUGGGAAUUAUAUAGCGUUCAAGGCAUUCAUAUUAGUCACUUUAUGAUUAUAAUAAAGUCUACUGAAUAACUGUUUCGAUAGCGUUACCUAGCGGAAUGUAUAGGAGAAACAAUACCGCAGCAUAUAUCAAGAAAGCUCCGUAUUCUAAUUUAGUUACGAUUGCUCUUUUUUUAUCUCUCUUUUUAGCUGAAAAUGAAUCAGUAGCGUUAAAAAUAUAUAGUCCUGAAGUGGUUUACGUUGUAUUGUAAUUUUUGAAUAUAUAUGUUGAACGGGUACGAAGACUGUACGUUUUGAUAGGGUAUUGAUAUUAGAUGAUAUGGAAAAGAAGAGAGGAAAUAGUAUUUUAAUAAGUUGCAAAUACGUAACGAUAUUAUAAAUCCGAAGAAAAAACCAUGUAAGUUUGGAAACAUUUGUUAUAAUUAACAUUACCCUCGUGCAAGAUUG